AUGGCUGCCUCCCCAUCUGAUUCCUGCCUGCUUCCCCUCCUGUUUCUCCCUCCAGGCACCUCUGUGACGCAGCUGCUGGCCCGGGACAUGGAUAAUGACCCCCUGGUUUUUGGGGUGUCCGGUGAGGAGGCCUCCCGCUUCUUCGCAGUUGAGAGUGACACAGGAGUCGUGUGGCUGAGGCAGCCCCUGGAUCGAGAGACCAAGUCAGAAUUCACUGUGGAGUUUUCUGUCAGUGAUCACCAGGGGGUGAUCACGAGGAAAGUGAACAUCCAGGUUGGAGAUGUGAAUGAUAACGCGCCCACAUUUCACAAUCAGCCCUACAGUGUCCGCAUCCCUGAGAACACCCCGGUGGGAACACCCAUCUUCAUUGUGAACGCCACAGACCCUGACCUGGGAGCAGGGGGCAGCGUCCUUUACUCCUUCCAGCCACCUUCGGAGUUUUUUGCCAUCGACAGUGCCCGGGGCAUCGUCACUGUGAUUCGUGAACUGGAUUACGAGGUCACUCAAGCCUAUCAGCUUGUGGUCAAUGCCACGGACCAAGACAAGACCAAACCCCUGUCCACUCUAGCCAACUUGGCCAUCAUCAUCACAGAUGUGCAGGACAUGGACCCCAUUUUCGUUAACCUACCCUACAGCACAAACAUCUAUGAACAUUCUCCUCCGGGCACAACAGUGCGCAUGAUCACAGCGGUUGACCAAGAUAAGGGCCGGCCUCGAGGAAUUGGCUACACCAUAGUCUCAGGUAACACCAACAGUAUUUUUGCCCUGGACUACAUCAGUGGGGCACUAACCCUGAAUGGCGUGCUGGACCGGGAAAACCCUCUCUAUAGCCACGGCUUCAUCCUGACGGUAAAGGGCACGGAGCUGUACGAUGACCGAACCCCGUCAGACGCUUCCUGUGUCACCACCUUCAACAUCCUUGUCAUCGACAUCAACGACAAUGCCCCCGAGUUCAACAGCUCCGAGUACAGUGUGGCCAUCACUGAGCUGGCCCAAGUGGGCUUCGCCCUCCCCCUCUUCAUCCAGGUGGUGGACAAGGACGAGGGCCUCAACAGCAUGUUUGAAGUCUAUCUGGUGGGCAACAACUCCCACCACUUCAUCGUCUCCCCCACUUCCAUCCAAGGGAAGGCUGACAUCCGAAUGCGGGUGGCCCAGCCACUGGACUACGAGACUGUCUCCCGUUAUGAUUUUGAUAUGUUUGCCAACGAGAGCGUGCCAGACCACGUAGGCUAUGCCAAAGUGAAGAUCACCCUUAUCAAUGAGAAUGACAACCGGCCCAUCUUCAGCCAGCCGCUGUACAACGUCAGCCUGUAUGAGAACGUAACCGUGGGGACGACGGUCCUGACCGUUCUGACAGAUGGUGUGAAACUGUAUUGA